CAUCGCCUCACGUUGUUGUUGUCACUCCAUUAUGGAUACUCUAUUCACCCUGUUAAUCUGCACUGUCACACUAAUAUCGUGUCAAUCAUCGAGUGGUCAACACCAACCACCGCAACAGGCAGCAAUUUUAAGUGAUGCGAGAUAUUUAGCCGGAGACGGAACUUUUGGCGCCGCUUAUUCGCAAGAGGAUGGCGUGGAAUUCAAAGAGGAAAGCGACGUUUACGGAAAUCGUCGUGGGUCUUACUCCUACGUUGAUCCGACGGGUCAAAGACGUACGGUGUCCUACACUGCUGGUAAAAAUGGUUUUCAGGCUACUGGAGAUGGUAUCCCUGUUCCACCUCCGCAAGUUCCACCUCGACCGGAAUAUGAGCCUCUGCCACAGUACAAUCCACCUGAUUAUCAACCACCAAGAUACAAUCCACCUAAUUAUCAAUCACCAAGAUACGACCCGCCUCCACAGCAGUAUCAACGUCCAAGUCAACCAGUUUACGAACCUCAGCCUCAGCCUCAACCUCAACCUCUACCUCAACCACAACCUGUGUAUCAACCUCAGCCGCAAUAUCAGUACAAACCUGAACCCGAAUUUCAAUCUAUUCCUUCAUAUCACAACCCCAGACCACAGUAUCAACCCCCUGCAAGGCCAUUGCCACAAUACAACGCCAUUACAACACCACCACCUCGAAGAUUUUAUCCACCAGGGAAACUGAGUUUUAAUAGGACUCCAGAUGGCUACUCGUACACCUUCAGUAAAAGUUAAGUCAGAAAUUAUAUUUAAACACUUCAAGCUGACACCCAAGCAUAAAUUUGUAUUCAUCAAAAUUUUUACGAAGUAUACUUUAUAGAAAUCAAUUAUUAACCCUUUUGAUGUGGUGGAUGUCAGCUAGGAAAAGUUACCCUGUUCUAAUUAUUAGUUAUUAGGGUAGCUUUGAUAUAUAAUAUAUAAAAAAGACACGAAUUUAGUCGUCAAUCUAAUAAUUGUUAAUUUAUUACUUCUUAAUUUAUCUAAAAUUUAUACCUCUGUAAAAAUCUGAUGAAUAACAUUGAUGGAAAUGAUUAUUGGAUACUGAAUUAUUCAUGCGUAUGCAUUUAUAAUUAAGAGAUUGUGGGUUAGUAGAGCCUUGUCCAUAAUCUUAUCACAAGGUGUACAAGAGGGAACAAGUUGAACUUCCUGGAAGAAGGCUAUACGAAUUUUACACAAAUUCCUCUUUAGAAAUGUGAUAAAUUAAUUAAUGCAUUUUCCUGAUUAAUUAAAAGAAAUGUCUUCUUUCGUUUGUGCUUUCAUUGGUUGAACACACAACAUCACAAUAAUACAAUAUUUACAAAAUAUCAUAAUUUGAUAAUGUAUCUCAAUUGUCGUCAUCUUUAUUGCAAAAUUCAUAAUGAAAUUUAAUUUAUUAUAAUUUUCCACUUCAUUCAAUUAUAAUCAAUUAAGCAGAAAAAUGAUUCUCCUUAAAAUAAAUUAUAUGUUUGGUAUUUUGUAAAUGGUAGUCAGUGGGAUUUUCUUGGUUGACGCCCUGCGUUUUGCAUAAUAAUUUCUUUUAUAAAUGUGACCACGAUCCCGCGCACUUUGGGGUCACGUUACUUUCAUUCAGCAACCUUUGGCGUUCUCCAGGCUAUCGCAACAAACUGGAGGAUCCCACGAUCUAAAAAGGAGGAUACGUGAUCGUAACCUGAUCCAUAAAUCACUAUGAAUCAAUCAGAUACAAGAACUUGUAAAAUCCUCACAGUGAUUAUUGCGUUUAAUGAAAUAUAAUUUAAUUAUUGUGUAUUUUAUCAAUUUUGUAG